UUCCAUUGAACAUCUUGAAAACGCCAUGAGUAAGCCGUGAAUUAUUAAUAGUGGAAUGAUUAAACACGUUAAAGCCAUCUGUUAUAAUAACGCUCGUCAAUAUGAUUUUCAACGCGGUUGUUUUUUUGCUGGCUGUAAUCUUGCUUCCCGUCGAAGGUAAUACGAACGCCACAACUGCCAAGAAAGUUAAACCAACCCAAAAUCCAGUGAAAUUCAUUGAUAGACAGACAAUAAAGAAGGAGAUCAAAGUAAAGGCUGGUGACAAAGAGAAGCUGACAUGCCCAUCAUACCAUGAUUUAGCAGUAGUAAUCCACUGGAUAAAGAACGAAGAAAAAGUUAUAGCAAGCGCCGAUAAAAGGUACACUUUGGCAGGUUUGCGCAAGAAUAUACUAAUAAUAGACAAGGUGGAUUAUUCGGACCGAGCUGUUUUUAAAUGUAUAGUCACGCAUAGCAAUCAAACUAAAACCCACGAAUUUACUCUCAGAGUAAGAGAUCCGCUAGGAGCUUUAUGGCCCUUUCUCGGCAUACUUAUCGAAGCUGUUAUCCUUUUGGUCACAAUUAUUGCAUAUGAAAAGUGCAACAAGGAGAAGGAAAAUAGCGAUACACCUGUUAGCUUACUGGAUGUUCAAGAAAAUGGAGAGUAGAAAGAUUUUUGUGUGCACAUCGGGCAACUUGUGUAUUGGAGACACCACAACACCAGAUCACAAGUGGCGAGAAAGACUUUUUUUAUUAUUUAGAGGUCCAAAACAAACUGCUUGCCCUUAUUCAGCAAAUACUUCUCUCGACGGAUUUUCACAAUAUUUGUUUGUUCUUUUAUCUUUUGUUUUGUUUUAUUCAUAUUUAUUUACGAUACCAUGCUCGCAUAUUAUUUUAAGCCCUUGUUGAUA